AUGCACGUGUACUGGAUUGCGCUGCGCCCAGAGCUCUUUACAAUCGAGGAAGGCCUCGUGACGCCGUCGCUAAAGCUCAAGCGGCAAGCGGCCAAGAAGAUCUUUGGCGACGUGCUUGAUCGCCUCUACGUCGAGACCAAGGACACAGUUGCCGGCAAGCAAAUCAAACAGCAGUAG